CGACAACCCCUGACGAACUCGCUAGACAAGACUUUGAGCCUCAACGUGACGGACACCCAGCUGCCGUGCCGGUCGUCCGGCGAGAAUUUGAGGAAACAUCCUAAAAUGCCGCUUCGGUUACAUUGGCAGAGGUCAAGCAAGACUGCCAGCUCGGACAGCGAGGAAGAAGAGACUACGCCCCGCCCAUGGAGCAAUCCGAGGACCCGGGGGCCUGGGGGUCCCAAGCUUUUUCGCUCCCUUCCGUUAAUUGAGGGGCUCCGGGGGCUUAAUGGGUCUGGUAAGGUGUAGAUUAACUGUCAAGCCCCCUUCGAGGAGCGAGUUUUUCGUCAUGACGGGUACGAAAGCGACCGUGUUUAUAUAGGUGUUGCUGGGUUCCCGUCGAUCGUUCAUGUUGAUCUACCGCAUCCCCGCCUGUCUUUCCAUUCUUCCCGACCAAGUCGUUCGUUCUUGGAAACACACUCUUUGCUUGAUAGGUGCAGGACACAAUGAAGUCACAGAUCUUGACGACCGGUCUCUUGGCUGCUGGGGCGAGCGCUCUUGAGAAGCGUGCCUGUACCGCGACGGCGGAGUGGCCUGGGUUUGCGAAUGUCAAGCACGCUUUCGUCUUCGGCGACUCGUAUUCUCAAACAGGCUUCAACACCUCUCUCGAAGCUCCUAACCCCGCCAACCCCCUCGGAAACCCUUCCUACCCGGGCUGGACCUCAUGCAACGGCCCCAACUGGGUUGACUACCUGACCGUGAAGCACAACGCAUCCCUCCUGUACACCUACAACCUCGCAUACGGCGGCGCCACCGUCGACGCCGACCUCGUCAAGCCCUACGCCGACACGGUACUCACUCUCAAGGACCAGGUCCAGACGCUCUUCAGCAACGCCUACGCCGCAAAGACAGCACCGGCCUGGACGGGCUCGGAUUCUGUAUUCGCCUUCUGGAUCGGCGUCAAUGACAUCGGCAACUCGUACUGGAACGGAGCCGAUGCUACCUCUGCGCUCAACACCAAGAUCGUGGACGUCUACCAGGGUCUGGCCAAGGAGCUGUACGAGGCGGGCGCGAGGAACUUUGUGUGGUUGACGACGCCGCCUGUCGACCGGACGCCGAUGCUCCUUGCCGAGAACGCGGACGCGCAGAAGCUCUGCAAGGACGACGUUGCUGAUUUCAACGGCAGGGUCAACGCCAUGGCGAAGAAUGUCACGACGUGGGAGGGCGCGAACUCGUGGGUUGUUGAUGCCAACGGGGUGUUCAACGGUGUGCUUGAUAACGUGGCCAAGUUUGAUGCUACCAAGGGGUACAAGAACACUACUGGAUACUGCGACGCGUACAAGGAUGGUACGACUGCUCAGGACACCCUCAUUGACAGCUGCACCUACCCAGUCAACCAGUACUUCUGGCUCAACACGCUGCAUCCUACUUACCCCAUUCACGAUGCGGUUGCCGAGACCGUUGCUUCGGCCCUGGAGGCUGGGCCGAAUGUGUGCUAA